CCCCCCCAGUCCAGCAGGAGGAAGAGCAAAUGGACUAUGGUGCUGCAACCCCUGACCACAGUAAUGAUGCCACUUUGCUACAGCAUGACAUAAAUGGAGAGGAGGAUUUGAACGAACAGGAGAGGGUCAAACAGAGGGCAGAGCGACGUAAGGCCAAAAAAAAGCGUCGGCGAAAACGUAAGAAACAGGAGCAGGUUAGCCAAAACGAGAAUCCAGAGCAGGAUGAUGAGGACGAGGAUGCAGGUGCGGAGUCUGAACUGGAGGGGAGCGCAUCAGAAUUUGAAGUGGUCGCUGAAGUGGAGGUUGAAAAGGAGGAGACAAAGUCAGCUUCCUCAAACAAAAACAUGGACACUCCAGUAAUGGCCUCCUCGGGAAUCAGAGGCCAUCAGAAGGGCCAAGCUAAAUCCACUGAAGAGGAACCAGAGUGGGAUGUAAGCAGUGCCUUUGUUGCUAAUGCUGCUAGCCAUAUAAAACCCAAAGGGUCGAGGUGCAAAUCCAAAGAAAACAAGGAGAACGAGGCGAAGAGAGAGACAAAUGGAACUGACACCACAACAAAGAAAAGCACAUCGCUGACAGGUAAGGAAUGA